GAGGGGCCGGUCAAGAUGGCGGCCGGGCAGGGGGGCGGCGGCGGCAACAACGGGAGCGGCGGCGGGAGCGGAGCGGCGGGGCUGGGCAUCCCCGCGCACCUCACCCUCUCCUUCUCGGCCGGGCCGCACUGGGGCGCGGCCGCUCUGCCGCAGCCGCACACGGUGCGCAGCCUGGAGCGGGCCCUGGAGGAGGCGGGCAGCUCGGGCAUCCUCUGCCUCAGCGGGAGGAAGCUGCGCGACUUCCCCGGCAGCGGCUGCGACCUGAGCGACACCACGCAAGCGGAUCUUUCAAAGAACAGAUUUACUGAAAUUCCUCCUGAUGUCUGGCUGUUUGCACCACUGGAAACUUUAAAUUUGUAUCACAACUGCAUCAAAUUCAUUCCAGAAUCUAUUAAAAACCUGCAAAUGCUCACCUACCUUAACAUUAGUCGAAAUCUUUUGUCGACGUUGCCAAAAUACCUGUUUGAUCUUCCACUGAAAGUUCUGGUUGUCAGUAAUAACAAGCUGGUCUCCAUUCCAGAGGAAAUUGGGAAGCUGAGGGAUCUGAUGGAGUUGGAUAUUAGCUGUAAUGAACUUCAGGUCCUUCCCCAGCAAAUAGGAAAAUUGCAGUCACUUAGAGAAUUGAACAUAAGAAGAAACAAUCUCCAUAUGCUGCCAGAUGAACUAGGGGACCUUCCCUUGGUAAAGCUGGAUUUUUCGUGUAAUAAAAUUACAGAAAUUCCGAUUUGUUACAGAAAGUUACGUCACUUACAAGUUAUACUUUUGGAUAACAAUCCAAUGCAGAUACCACCAGCACAGAUAUGUUUAAAGGGUAAAGUACAUAUAUUUAAAUUCCUCAGCAUCCAGGCGUGCCUCAGAAUAGACAAAAAACCAGAUUCUUUGGAUCUUCCAUCAUUAGGUAAACGAGUCCCCUCCCAGCCACUCACAGACAGCAUGGAGGACUUUUAUCCCAAUAAAAAUCACGGACCAGACUCUGGCAUUGGAAGUGAUAAUGGAGAUAAAAGGUUGUCCACCACAGAACCAUCUGAUGAUGAUACAAUCAGCCUUCACUCCCAGGUAUCAGAAUCAACAAGGGAACAGACAUUAAGGAAUGACAAUCAUGUCAUGGGGAGCAAACUUGAUCCACAGAAAGACCAGGAGGCCUAUGACUACAUUGAUCCAAAUGCAGAAGAGGGAGCUCUUCCUGAGCAGGGAGAUGCACAGAUUGGCACAUUGCUCUCCUAUGUCAAGGAACGGGCAAAACAUCCUGAGAAAUCCCAGAAAAUAGAACAGAAUGAGGACUGGGGAGAUGAAAAAAGGCUUCAGAAAGAACAGCUGCUGGCUGAAGAUGAUGAUGAACUCAAAGAAGUGACUGACCUGAGAAAAAUAGCAGCCCAGUUACUGCAGCAAGAACAAAAACACAGACGAAGGCCUUUAAGCUAUAGAACUUCAUUCAGUGAGAAACUCUUCCAGAGGACAAGGGCGGCAGGACGUGCAUCCAGGCUUCUUAAUCACUCAGUUUCAGUAAACACAAGGAACAGGCCAAAGCAGCCAAUGGAAUCUGAAAAAUGUGUCUCAGCAAAUGAAGUGAAUUCCCCAGUGUCCCCAUACAGCUGGCAGCCACUGGAAAACCAGAAGGAUUCAGUGAAUGAGCAGCAUUGGCCAGAAACACAGCCAGUGAUCUGGCAGAAUGAAGAAAGAAGGAGAAGUAAACAAAUUAGAAAAGAAUAUUUCAAGUAUAAGUCUUCCAGAAAGAGUUCAAGUGGAAAUGAAAAUGAUGAGCAAGACAGUGAUAAUACUAAUGUGUCCCCACAGUCUCCUGUGUCGUCUGAGGAUUAUGAAAGGACAGAUAGUAACACUCAUGGUCCAUUUGGUCUCAAACCAAGGUCAGCUUUCAGCCGUGCCUCACGCCAGGACUAUGGUGCCGUGGAUCCUGGAUUUACAAUGAGGAGGAAAAUGGAACAUUUGAGGGAAGAAAGGGAACAAAUCAGACAGCUUCGCAAUAACCUUGAGUCAAGGUUGAAGGUGAUUUUGCCAGAUGACAUUGGAGCAGCGUUGAUGGAUGGGGUGGUUCUUUGCCAUUUAGCCAAUCACAUAAGGCCACGAUCUGUUGCCAGCAUUCACGUCCCAUCGCCAGCAGUGCCUAAACUCAGUAUGGCAAAGUGCCGAAGAAAUGUUGAAAACUUUCUCGAUGCUUGUAAAAAACUGGGCGUUCCACAGGAGAGACUUUGCCUGCCUCAUCACAUUCUGGAGGAAAGGGGUCUGGUGAAGGUUGGCCUCACAGUUCAAGCUCUGCUUGAAUUGCCGGCAUUGAAAGUAUCUCAGCUCUCCUCUGUGUGACGUGACUUCUUGGAAGCUCGACAACUUCCCAUUUGCUCUGUUGCUAUGGAUUGCUCUGAGGCAGUUCAGCCUCCUAUGUGGGAACACCCAAGCCAUCAAAAACUAAUAUCUGUCCAGAUGCUGUAGAGAGCCUUACUCUGGAGCUGUAUGUGAAAACCUUGGAGUCAGUUCACAGUUGAAAGACCGUAAUUAAUCUUUUUUUUCUUUCGUAAUUGGAUGUACAAAGAGGUUGUGGUAGCAUCAGGUUCUCUUUCUAGUUAAGUUAAAAGCUGCCAUUUGACAUCUGAGUGUUACAGUUAAAUGCUGGAUUCCUGUUUUUACAUCGCAAAUGUUUGAAUUAUUUCAGAAGUACAAAGCACACCCCCCGUCACUUUAAUCUCUCGAGUCAAUCAUUUGAUUUAAAGGUAAGACAAAAAUGUAGCGAUGGUGUGAUGGUAAAAAUGAGCAACUGAUCACUUAUAAUCCCCUUUCACUCUCUGAAAGCUUAAUAUUUGCGUUCUUUAUUUUUUGCACUCCUGAUUGUAACUUACGCACUUCUAACAUUGCCAGUAUUGAGUCUGAGUGUCUGGUGAUUACACAAAGCAGUAUACAAUGGGAAAAGGACACGUUUUAUUGAGUUUUUCCAGUCUUCUAGGUUGGUGCCAAAUAUUUUUUUUUUCAGUUGUACUGUAGAUUGUUUACAUGUGAAGUGCCUGUGUAAUUGAUAAUUCUUAAUAGUCUUAAACAUUUUUGAAAUUUCCUUGUUUAAAAUAGACGAAAUGGAAAUUUUUUAAUAUUUUAAUAGUUUUUUUGUAAAAUCAGUAUGUGAAGAUUUAAGUAAUACUUCACAUUUUUGAUGUUGGGUGUUUUAAGUUUGUUGCACAAUUUACUUGGUUAUUUGUUGUCUAAUAAUUAGAAAAUACUGUAAAUACUUUUUAUUUAUGAUAUUUAAUUUGAUAAUACCUAAUUACUUUUGGUUUAAUGUAUUGUUGGACAAAAAAAAAAAGCUGUCUACUUUUCUUUGUUUGGGACAAACAAAUACAAUGAAUAAGACAUGAGGACUAGUGAUUCAUACAGAGUAAUUUAGGACAUUUUGAUAAAACUGCCAAAAUCUCAGGUUUACGCUGUGAUGUUCAGGAUUUUGUGUAAUAUUGCUCCUGAUCUCACAUUACAUUUUUACAACAGGUAUAUCCAUAAUUUAGUUGGGAAGUAUCAGUGUUUCUCUUUAGUGUUUACUGGGUUUCUUGUGUAAUUUUACACGAGUGUGGCACAGCACUCUGGUCAGUUUGUAGAAAUGUCACUGUGCUGAGACAUGAGAUUUUUCUGCAUAAAUGUGAAAAAGAACAAUUUCCACUGUGGUGGUUUUUCGAAACUUCUGAGUUUACGUGUUUGUUUGCUUCUGCACAAAUUCUUGGUGUUUUGAGAACAUUCUGAAACCAUGCACAGUUGAGAUCUUCUCUAACCAAAUUGCAAAUAAUUCCAUAAAUUUAAUAGGAAAUCUGUUUGUGUUAGUUUGUUCUUCAUGAACAGGUAGCUCAAUUAAAAAAAAAUGUUUUGACUGUCACAGAUUUUCUAUUAUUAUAUUCUAUUUCAAUUAUUAUUUUCUAUUUUCAAUUAUAUAUUUGAUUAUUUUCGAUUGAGGGAUGUGUUUGCCAAGCACUUAACAAGAUUUGAUUCUGUUCUUUCCAAUUGAUCAAGACCCUGUGUAAUACUAUUCAUAAAAGAAUGAUGGAAGAGUAUUGUGUAGUCCUUCUACUGUAGUCCCUAAAGUCAAUAGCUGACAGGAAAAAGAACCUUUUUCUGAUCACAAGUUUAAAAAAAAACUCAACUUAUUUUUAAAUCCAUUAAAACAAACUGGUGUAUGUGUAGUAGUUAAAAACCACUAUUGUUUAUAUAGGGUUUUCUUAAAAUACAGCUCAUGGAGAGGCUGGUGUAUAACUCAAUUUGCAAAGUCCUAGGUGUAAAUCUUAGGUUAGAUAAAUAUGUGUUUAAGGAAACUGGAUUGUUUUGGCCUUUGAAAUAUGGUAUUUCAAAUCUCUCUUAGCUGGUUUUUGAAUCAUUCCUUAAUACUCAUUUUAACAACUUCAAUCUCUGAUUUCAUUAAAGGCAGUAUCUAAAAAGUCAUGCAAAAAAUAAAACUAAAAAGUAAUAUAAUUCACUAAGCAAAAUGCUUGCCUGCUCCAUUUGAAGAACCCAGCCAUUCAAAAAGAGCAAGUUCCUGUCUUUUGUUUCAUUGUUGUUGCUGAUACCAGAGCAAAGUUCUAGUUGUGUGAGCCAUAGAAUUGAGGACUAUAAAUUGUCACUGUCAGUUAUCUGUCUUUAACUGAUCUCCACUAUUUCAUUGUCACAUUUAAAUAAGUUUUCUGAUCUUAAAGUAGCUUUUUUUCUUUCCUGAACUAAUUUUAUAAAGUUACACCACAGUGUAAAAGUUAAGAAUUCUCUCUAUGUAGCAUGCCAGCCACUUUCCUACUUCCUCCUUAUGUUUUUUAAGAAAUUGCUCCAGUGGCACUGGUGAACUACUGUAGUUGCAGAAUCCCUGCUCCAAACAUUUAUAAUGUUUGAGGUGUUUUGUUUAGCAUGUGAUGCCAUUACUAAUACCUGCUACAGCUGAUAGGAUUCUUAAAACCAGAGGCCUCCUCAGUUCCUUUUGCAGUUGCUCAGUUUUUACUUAGGACAUGAAGAAGAGUCAACAUUAAAAGCUUCAGGAAGCUACCUUAAGUUUUCCUGAUAAAUUAAUGGGUUAACAAGGGUGCUUUUGUUAUUGUGAAUGCUCUUCAAAGCUACUGCAAUAAUGUGGUAUGAACUGUAAAUUAGAGAGUGAAUCAACACAGUGACAGGGCUUCUGGCCUGGUGUAUUUUGUCUGUGUUUUAUGUCAUUGGAUGCAGUAUGUCACAUAUGAAUGAUCUUUCAUUUAAGCAAUAAUGUCCCAGAUAUGGUGAGAUCUUAAAGCAGUGACAUUUGUUGUUGUGAAGUGGGUGACUUCCCACACAGUAUGUCGGAGAUGUUUCCCAUCUAUUCUCUGACACUGCUGCUCCAGUGUCCCAGCUGGGGGUGCAGGAAACCAUCCAUACCCACCUAUCUGGAGGCCUUCCAAAAUUUAGCCAAGAACUAUGAUCAUAAAUAUGGAGGAAUUCAUUUGAAACAAUGAAUAACUAUGACAUGAGUCAUAAGAAUUAUUUUUUUUUUUUUUUUCAAUCCUAGCCUUACUGAACUCCAGGCAACUUUUAGCCUUGACCUCAGUAAAGACUUUCACCUUUUUCAUUUAUGGAACACCUGAGCUGGAGCCCAUAGCAAACAUGGCUUAAACUUGUUUGACAUGAGCAAACUUCAGUGUCAAAUUCUUAACUAAAAAUAGUGAUGUCUGGUAAGUCGAAGGAAUCUGUAAAAUGUUACACUGAUUUAUUUUCUUUAAUACAAAUUUUCUGGUAUGCCAAAUACAGUACUUAGAUGAUAGGAAAAAUUACAUUGAAUCAGAGCUUUCAUCCAAUGGGAAACUGUGUUACCUUGGUAAAAUUGUAGGUGAGGACAACUGAUGGUUGUCACUGCACUAAAAACUUUACUUCAAAUAUCAUUUAGUGGUAGUUUCCUCAGAUUUUUGACAUAAAUCUGUCACCAAAUUCAAACAAAACUGGACACAUCUGUUUUCACUAGAACAGAACUUCCAUGUGUCUUGGUAUUGAAGAGAAGCAAGAAGGUCUGGCACUUCUUCCUUCUGCUGGUUCCUUAAAUGCUUGUUUGAAAGGGAGCUGAUCCAACUGAUUUCAACAGAAAGCAACCUGAGGGUGUUUGUGGCACUUCCUGCAGACAGGAGAUGUGGUUUUGUAUUGGCAAAUGAAAUCUCUCUGCUUCCUCAAUAAAUGAGGUUAAUGUCUGUGUUUCUUUCAUGAGGAUCUCUUACUUGAAAAGCAAAAGCAAACAGAACACCACCCCAACAUACCAAAACUGGGAUUAAAACAAAAAGAGUUCAUUCAGACCAGGAAUGGGAAAGGCAAAGUGUAGUUGGCCAAGGACAUAACUCACGUUGUGCUCUCAUGUGAGGGAAUGAAAACAGUGUUACUGGGUUUGUUCCGUACUCAGCACACCGGGAUAUGUGUAAUUCAUUUACAGAGGGAAAGGUGGAGUGUGUGUUUUUAAUGAGGAAUUUUAUGGUACAGAUUCAUUUUGUGAAAUAAAUGUGAAGAUAAAUUAUUCCCUUCCUGUGAAGAAAGUUUCUGCUGAUCUUCACUAUUAAGAGAGAGAGUAUAUGUGAUUAACUAAAUUUUAGUUUAAAACUGCACAGGAGCAGUUCUGGCUCUUGUGUUUCUUACAUAAUAAAUUGCCACUUGCUUUAUUUGUCUUUUAAAUAUUUCACGUAUUACAAUUUGACAGCAUCUUAAAAUUGUGGUUAUAUGAAGUAUUUGUUUCCUGACUGGUUUUGAUUAUUUUUUUUUUAGUGUGAGAGGCAAAGGGAGGCAGAAUUGCUGUAAGAUGCAUGGAAGGAAUACAAGUUAUCAUAAAAUCCUACGAUCAGGCAUUUUUAGUUCAAAUGUUUUAUAGCUGACUACAUUUUCAAAGAAGAAUUUUCAGUGUGUUUUUUACAUACACAUAUGAGAAUCCUACUCUUCAAAUAAGCAAAAACCAAAAAGUUUUCCCAUGAUUACUGUAGUAUCUUAGCAGAUUCUAAAGGAGAAGGAUAGCUCAGACUGACAGCAAAUUUAGUUGUUUUGGGUAACUUUUCAUUUUGGCAGUGUUAAGUUUGCAGUUGAACUUGAUUGGUUCAAAGGUGUUUUCCAACUUAGACAAGUCUGUGAUUGUAAGACUUCAAUGAGACCAGAACUUCCCUCAAAAAAUAGUUUUAUAACUCAGCUACAGCAUUAAGUCAGUCAUUUAAAGUGAAUUCUUGGCACUGAUGAGGAUUUCCUCACUUCUUCCAAAAUUGUGUGAAAUAAGGCAAACCAAACUUUUUUCCCCCCAAUAAUUUUAUGGAGGCAGAUGGUAAAAUAUUGAGAAAUGCCACAAGGAUACUUUUUUGCUCUGUUCCAUUUUUAAAAUGAAUGAACCAGUGAAAUAUUUCCCAAAUGACUAUAUUUGUGUAGGGUCUGGUUGUGCCAUAGCUGCUGUGGGAACUCCCAGUAACUGUUCAAUACUGAUGUGCAUCCUGGAGCAUGUGCAAGGCUGUGCUCUUCACAUGCAGAUGUUGAUCCAGUUGUGCAGCCAUGGGAAUUCCUGGCUGUGGCAGCAGCAGUAAUGCCAGGCUGGGAUUCCCAGGAAGGGCAUACAGAGGUGUAUUGCAAAAGGGUUGUUUGGUGGAAUACAUUGGGAAUAAUGUGAAUACUUUUGACUAUUAUAUAAUGUCUAGAACAAGGAAAAUGUGAUCGAUUUACAGUUACCAUUCAGUUGGUAUUCAGUUAUUUUACUUUGUAACUUGUGGUUAUAAAACUCGGAAAAUGCAGUGUAACCAAAUGGUCAAUAUGUAAAUGUGUGCAGGACGUGGCAGAAGUUCUGAGGCACAGCUGGAGAGUGAUCAUUUAAAAAUACAUGCUCAAAUUGUGUAUAUACUUGGAAAAUUUUUGAUAGUGCAUUUCAAUUUGGUUUGCAUUUCAUGUUCUUGUAAAGUGCAUCUUCCACACUUCUGAAGAUUGUCUACUUGUACUAUACUGUAUUAAGCCUUUUUUUCAGGAUUUCCAUUAUUGCUGGAGCUUCCAACAUACAUGUUUCUUUUGAAAAAUGUUCUUACUCUUACUUUUUUUGUAAAUAGUGUUUUGUAUUAAAUUUGCAUGGAUAAAACCCACACUUCCAAAACCAGUGUACAUACGCUGUGUAUAAAGUACGAACUGUUUCAUAACUUCCAUGUAGUCAAGUUAUUCAAUUUGAUUUCACUUCAGGUUUUAUAUAUUUGUAGUAAAUAAUGAGAAUCUGUUGUAUGCUCUCUCAAA